AGCGAGCGGGGCCAGCUCUGCAGAAGGCGGCGGCUAGCUAGCCGGGACGGUCACAUCCCGCUGCAGGGGCCGGCGGAGCAGCCGCACUGCCUCCCGCACCUGGACUCCGGCCAGCAGCCAGGCCGCGCAGGCACCGCCCCCCGCUCAGGGACAGACUAGGGGGCCCGUCCGAGCUCUGGGGUCCCCCGCAGCCCCGCGGCCCGCUCCCGCUGCGCCUCCACCUGCCCUCUGCCCGCAGCUCGGUCCCGCGCUGCCCGCCGCGCCGGGCCCGCGUCGGGAUGGGGCAGGGGCAGCGCCACGGAGCCGGGCGAUGGGCCACCCUCUGGGCACCGAGCAGCCCCCCGAGGCCUGACCGACCGCGAGGACCGGCGCAGGAGCCCCGCCUGGAUGUCAAGCGGAUGCCCCAGUGCCUCCCAGCGGACUCGGUGGGGACCAUGGCUUCGCUGAUGCCCCUCUCCCCAUAUUUAAGCCCUACGGUCCUCCUGCUGGUCAGUUGUGACCUGGGCUUUGUGCGAGCAGACCGACCUCGGUCUCCUGUGAAUGUGACAGUCACUCACCUCAGAGCCAACUCGGCCACUGUGUCCUGGGACGUCCCAGAAGGCAACAUCGUCAUUGGCUACUCCAUUUCCCAGCAACGACAGAAUGGCCCUGGGCAGCGUGUGAUCCAGAAGGUGAACACCACCACCAGGGCCUGUGCCCUCUGGGUACUGGCUGAAGAUAGGGACUACACCAUGCAGGUCCGGAGCAUCAUCCUUUGGGGAGAGAGCCCCCCAGGGCCUCGGGUACACUUCCGAACUCUCAAGGGUUCUGACCAGCUACCCUCCAACAGCUCAAGCCCAGGUGACAACACAGUGGAGGGUCUGGAGGGAGAGCGACCAUUGCAGACAGGGGAUGUGGUUAUCAUUGUGGUGGUGUUGCUCAUGUGGGCUGCUGUCAUUGGGCUCUUCUGCCGUCAGUAUGAUAUCAUCAAGGACAACCACUCCAACAACAACCCCAAGGAGAAGGGGAAGGGGCCGGAACAGAGUCCUCAGGGAAGGCCGGUGGGGACGAGACAGAAAAAGUCACCAUCCAUCAACACCAUGGAUGUAUGAGUGAGGAAACCGAACUCGAAAACAGAUGCACUAACACCCUGGGGAUGGGGACAGGGUCAGGGAGAGCCUCAGUUGGUGAUCUGCCCAAGACUGAAGGAUCCCGUAAUCUCCGAGAGGGUAAUGACACUCCCACAAUCUCAGGCCUGGUGCCCAUCCUCUUUCCACUGUCAGCAGGGCCAGAAGGUAGGUCUCUUGGGGUCUGUGCCCCUGGACCUGGGGAAUGGCUAUCAGAUGGGAAAUGUCCUUCCAUCCCCCGGGUCCAGGGGACAGACACUUGUUCAACUGUACCCCACUAGGUCCCAGAUGGGCCCCCAUUGCACCUGCAUCAGGACUCUCGGCAUCCCCAGCUGCCCUCACAUCUUGCCUCUGGGUCUCAGAGGGGGAGGGUUCUUUGGGUACUCCCCCUCCCCCAGCAACUCAAAGGAAUUGUCUGGGUCUGGAGGCAGAUGCUGCACUGCACUACUCCAAUGUCUUCCACGGAGUCUCAGGGGCUCCCCCUGUCACCUGGUGGCCCCCCAGCUGCUGGUGACCUCACCCCUUGGACAUUUUUCCAAUAAAUGUUCUUGGACAAACUGGAGAUGACUGUUUGGGAUACUGUACAGUAAGCUGAAGACACUUCCCCACUGUCUCUCCCCUGACCACAAGGGCC